GGCGCGGUCGGGCGAGGGGCGGUGUCCUCCUCGAUCCCGUGGUGCUCCGCGGCGCGGCCUCGCUCUCUUCCGGUUGCGAGCCCCCGGGGCAUAGAGGGCGGUCGCGGCUGGCACGGCGGGCAGCGGCUGAGCGGCGGCAGAAUGUUGGCUACCAGAGUAUUUAGCCUAAUUGGCAGGCGAGCAUUUUCCACUUCAGUGGCUGUUCGAGCACAUGGAAGUGUCAUGAAGAGUGAAGACUUCGCUCUCCCGAGUUACGUCGACCGGCGUGACUACCCCUUGCCCGAUGUGGCCCACGUCAGGAGCCUUUCUGCCAGCCAGAAAGCCUUGAAGGAGAAGGAGAAGGCCUCCUGGAGCAGCCUCUCCAUUGAUGAGAAAGUUGAACUGUACCGCCUUAAGUUCAAGGAGAGCUUUGCAGAGAUGAACAGGGGCACGAACGAGUGGAAGACGGUUGUGGGCACUGCCAUGUUCUUCAUCGGCUUCACUGCCCUCGUCCUCAUCUGGGAGAAGCAGUACGUGUACGGCCCCAUCCCACACACCUUUGAAGACGAGUGGGUGGCCAAGCAGACCAGGAGGAUGCUCGACAUGAAGGUGGCCCCGGUCCAGGGCUUCUCAGCCAAAUGGGACUACGACAAGAACGAGUGGAAGAAGUAAGGACCCACCGUUCAUGCGUCUGAACCUCACCUUGUCACCUCCGUGCAGCUCCGCACAUUUACUGGAAAGCCUGUGUACCAGUGCUAAUAAACAAGCAGUUUACGUGA